AUUUAAAAACUCAGUUUCCAGCUCCGCUCUGUUUUUUUCAGUGACUAGUUUCAAUGGCGAAGCCAGUUUCGAUCGAAGUGUUGAAUCCAAAUGGGAAAUACAGAGUUAUCAGCACAAAACCCAUGCCUGGAACUCGAUGGAUCAACCUCUUGAUCGAGCAAGAUUGCAGUGUCGAAAUAUGUACCGAGAAGAAAACAAUUCUUUCUGUUGACGAUAUCAUUGCUUUGAUUGGCGAUAAGUUCGAUGGGGUGAUUGGACAGUUAACUGAAGACCGGGGGGACACUUUAUUCGCGGCCUUAAGCAGAGCAGGAGGCAAAUCUUUCAGUAACAUGGCUGUUGGUUACAACAAUGUUGAUGUUAAUGCUGCUAACAAGUAUGGUGUUGCUGUUGGCAAUACUCCUGGGGUACUCACAGAAACAACAGCAGAGCUAGCAGGUUCACUUUCUUUAGCAGCUGCUAGAAGAAUCGUUGAAGCAGAUGAGUUCAUGAGGGCAGAUGUAACAUCCUCAAUACCGAGAUUGAAUUGAAAAGAAGAUGGAAUGGAAGGGCAAAAG